AUGCUGUUUGCUAUUGAAGAGUUUUUUAAAGAAGUAAAAAAAAUGAGUGAAUCUAAUGAAAAUAGAUUAUUUUAUACUAUUCCUAAACAUGAACUGGUAGAAAAAAAUGAUGAGUCUUUGACUACUAAAGAAAAACUUCUGUCAUAUAUAAGAGAUAAUAUUAUUGGUAGUGAAAAGAUAUUUGGGGGACCAUUUGGCUUGAGAAAUGUUUUGUAUCUUGAUUAUAUUGCUUCUGGGAGGAGUUUAAAAUUUAUAGAAGAUUAUAUACAAGCUGAAGUUUUACCAGAAUAUGGUAAUACACACACAACAACUAGUGUUACUGCUUUACAGACUACAUUAUAUAGACAUGAAGCACGUGAUAUCAUAAGAAAUGCCUGUAAUGCCAGUGAACAUGAUUCUGUUAUAUUUGUUGGUAGUGGCUGUACUGGAGCUGUCCAUAAACUUAUAUGUGCUUUAAAUCUCAAACAUCCACCAAUUGUAUUAGUGAGUCCAUUUGAACAUCAUUCAACAUUUCUACCAUGGUUAGAAGGUGGUGCUCAGGUUAUAAGAAUAAAAGAGAGUUUGAAUGGAGAUGUAGAUCUGGAUCAUUUGAAGCACAUGUUACAGAAAUAUAAAGAAAGUGGUAGACAGUUAAUAGGAUGUUUCUCAGCAGUGUCAAAUAUAACUGGUAUUAUAGUUGACAUAAAUACUAUAACUAUAUCAUUACAUAAAUAUGGUGCUCUAGCUUUCUGGGAUUACGCCACAGCAGCUCCUUAUUUACAAAUUGAUAUGAACCCUGUUAUAAAUAGGUUAAUAGGUUUUUAUUUACAAAUUGAUGUGAACAAUGUUAUAAAAAGUGAAGAUCAAGCAUAUGUGUAUAAAGAUGCUAUAUUUAUAUCAGUUCAUAAAUUUAUUGGUGGUGUCUCUACUCCAGGGGUAUUGCUGGCUAAAAAGAACCUAUUUAACAAUAAGAGACCAGAUGUUUGUGGUGGGGGUACAGUCUUUUUUGUUAGGAGAGAAGGGCAUAGAUAUCUACAAGAACCAGAGCUGAAAGAAGAAGGUGGAACCCCUGCUAUAGUAGAAUCUAUCAGAGCUGGUAUGGUGUUUCAACUCAAACAAGCCUUGACACCUUCAUUUAUCAUGGAAAAAGAACAUCUACUAUAUAAAAAAGCUAUCUCUAUGUGGAGCCAGUGCCCAAAUUUGGUCAUAUUAGGAAAUCCUUCUGCACCAAGACUGCCUGUUUUCUCAUUUCUUAUAUACAAUCCUUUGAAUGGCCGGUUUCUGCACCAUAAUUUUGUUAGUAGUAUAUUGAAUGAUGUGUUCGGAAUACAGUCAAGGGGAGGAUGUGCUUGUGCAGGACCAUAUGCUAUGGAUUUAUUAGGUUUAAGUGAAGAAAAAGCCAAACAAAUUGAAGAGUUGUUAGUUGAAGACAAGAGAUUAGACAGAACACAUUUACGAAGAUAUAAAGAAUAUUCACAUAGAGAAAUCAUCAGACCAGGAUUUACCAGGUUAAAUUUACCCUAUUUUCUCACAGAAGUACAACUAGAUUUUACUAUCAAAGCUGUAACUAUGGUAGCAGAACAUGGUUGGAAAUUAUUACCUCAGUAUAUUUUUAAUCCCGAGACUGGAGAGUGGAAACAGAAAAAUUUUCAGAAUUUUAAAGAUAGAAAAUGGUUAGGACAUAUUUUAUAUCAAAAUGGUCAGAUGGAAUUUAAAAUACCUGCUGCAACUGUUAAAGGACCUCUCCCUACAAACUUUCAGGAAUGCUUAAAGAUGGCAGAAGUUAUUUUUGAUAAAGCAACAAAACUGAAAACAACAUUGCCUGAUCAAAGUUUACUUUUUGAUGAAGACACUAAACCUUUUAGAUGGUUCAUGUUGCCAAGUGAAGCACAAGACUGUCUCCAUGGCAACCACACACCUGCUCUGACUCUGACAGAUUUACCCUUCUGUCCUAAUGUUUUAAAACAAAGACAUGGAUUUCCUACUGAAAUCUUGCACACUGAAAUAUUGUUAAAUUCCAAACCAUUAAUUCCAAGAGAAAAUGAUGAAUUAGGUAACAAGGAAGCAUUUUGUGAUGGAAUGAUUCAGUGUCUCAAUCUAGGAUAUGAAGAAAUGGAUGAAAAUUCCCAAGAAAAGUGCAAUUCAAAUGUGUAUCCUUCAGUUAAAAACUGUGAACUUACAUCAAAUACUGUAGCAGAAGACAAUGGAUCUGAAACAGUCACACCUGUUUUUUAUUCUGAAGCAAAGUCUGAUAAUUUUACUGCUCGGUUGUCAAGCAAGGAUUUAAAUAGUGCCGAGGAAACUCUAGAAAAAUUUGAUAGUGAUAAUUCAAAACAUGAAAUAAGUCAAAAAGACAGAACCAUUGGAAUGCAAAGUGACACAAGUAAGGAAACUGAAUUGUCUUCUUCAAAGACAAAUGAGUCAAAGGCAGUUGGAGUUGUCUGCCCAUUGUUGAGAAAAGCCGACAAUAAGAUAAGUGAAGAAGCAGAAGUAAAAACUAAACAAGUUCAAUGGUUUUCUCCACCAAGAGACAUAUUCAAGCCUUCUGUGACAGCUAUAGAGGAAUAUAAUAUGAUACACAAUGGUGAUAAAUUAUUAGUUUGUUUAUCUGGUGGAAAAGAUUCCUUGUCUCUACUCCAUACCAUUAGACAGUACCAGUUUUAUGCCAAGGCAAAGGGUAUACAUUUUGAAUUUGGAGCUGUUACUGUUGAUCCACAAACACCAGCUUAUGAUCCCAGUCCACUGAAAGACUAUUUAGCAUCUUUAGGUGUACCUUACUUCUUUGAAUCACAAGGUAUCUUAGAAACAGCAUCAAAUCUUCCCUAUGAAUGUGCCUCUAUCUGUAGUUUUUGUAGUCGGAUGAAAAGAGGGCGUAUUUAUGCCUGUGCCAGACGAGAAGGCUAUAAUGUUUUGGCUUUAGGACAACAUUUAGAUGAUUUAUCUGAAAGUUUUCUAAUGUCAUUUUUUCACAAUGGUAGUUUAAGAACUAUGAAAGCCUGCUAUACAGUCAAACAAGGUGAUCUGAGAGUUAUCCGCCCUUUUGUUUAUGUUAGAGAGAAAUUGUUGAGAACAUUUGCAGAAAAGAGUAAGUUACCUGUGAUAGCAGAAAAUUGUCCUGCUUGCUUUGAAGCCCCAAAGGAGAGACACAGAAGCAAACAGUUAUUAGCCUCUCAAGAAUUGUUAUUUCCACAGUUGUAUAAUAGUAUGAUGGCAGCCAUGAAACCCCUCAUGGCUAUAAAUACUACUAAAUCGUCUCUUAGUAAUAUAUUCAACCAAAAUAACAGUACAGAAGAAACAGAUGAUUAAAAUUUAGUAAUUUAACAUUAAAAGACUUUUUUUUUAGUGUUUGGCUUGAAUUGUAUUUUUGAUUAUAAUCUGAUCAAUCCAUGGAUUAAGGCAACAGACUGAAGAUGUAAUUUGUGCAAAUAAUAGCAAUAUGUGUCUCCAAUGUGUAUCAUCUUCACAAUGUUAAACAAAACUCUGUCCAAUACCUUGAUUUCGGUAGGCACUAUUGUUAUACUAAUGAUUUUUUUAAAGCAGUAAUUUAAUUGGAUUAAACAUUAGCAAAUACGAAGUCCUCGACCAAUAGAUACUUGAAGCCAACUUGAAUUCUUUUUGUUCAGGUCCCUGUUUGGUUGUAUUCGCUAGUAUUUACAGAUACAAUGAAUCCAAGACCAAGAGUGUUAUGUAAAUUUGCUUAUUGUGACUUCUACAAAUCAUGGUCUUGCAGAAUUGAUAUGGUUUCCAAAUUAAUUAUCAUUUUUGUUUGAAAUUUUAAUUGAAAAUGCUUUAUAAAUACAAGUAUUAAAUAAUUCUUACU